GGAGAAAUAUCUUAGCCAAUGAUAUUUGAUCAAAUUAUUUUUCAGAUCCCACUUGAAAAAUGGCACCCAAAGUUGCAUCUACUGAAAAGAAAAAGAAGAUGACUGUUUUGCAGAGGAAGAUCAGCAUGAUGAAACAGAAGUACUCAGUGAGACCUGCUAAAAAACCUAAGAAGAAGGGUCCUUAUCCAGCCAUCACUCUGCGAAAAUCUCUGAAGCCGGGAGCUGUGGUCAUUUUGGUAUCUGGAAAGCAGCAACACAGGGGAGCCCGAAUGGUGUUCGUCAAAUUGUUGGAGUCCGGUCAUCUCUUGCUGGCCGGACCUAAGAGUCUGAACAAACUGCCUUUGAUGCCAGUGUUGCAGAACUUUGUAAUUGGAACGAGUACUAAGAUCCCUCUGACUGAUGCAGUGAAAACACAGGCUGACAAGAUUAACUUCUCAAUGUUCAAGAAACUGAAGGAAAAGAAGUCGAAAGAGUCAGGCAUCUUCAGUGACUCUGCAGACAAGUCCACGUCUGAGCCCAGAAUUGACCCUGAAGUUGAGAAGGCGCUGGACGAGGCUUUGAUGGCCUCUGUGAAGAAUUUCACCAGUGAUCCUCUGGAGACUGAGAUUUUCACAGCAUACAUGAGGAACAAGUUCACCCUCAAGAAUGGCCAGCUUCCUCACAUGAUGAAGUUUUAGUUCAAUUGUUGAUUGGUUAUUGUAAUCGAUUGAUGAAAUAAAGCUUUGUUGGUCAA